GCCGCGGCAGCCCGGGCCCGCCACCGCCGCCGCCUCGGCAGCCCCGGUCGGCGCAAGUGCGGCGCGCGCUGGGGGAGGGGGCGCGGCGGAUCGCGAGGCUGGCGGCCGGCGGGAUUAAGUUUCUCGGUAGCGUCUGUGUUUCUCCUGAAGCUCCUCGCCGGGCCGUUACUUCGGAAGAGAAGAGAGAGAGCGAGGGCGAGGCGGUACACUUCGAGUCCCCAGCGACCCCGGCUGCCCAGCCCUCCGCCCCUCUCGCGUCCCUGCCCCGGGCUGCAGCCGCGACCGGGAAAAUAUUGCAGAGUGUGCUUGAAGAGAACAUGAACACACAUGAGCCCCCUCUCAGUACACACGUAGAAAGAGCUGGAACCAAACCAACAGGGGAUGCAAGCCACUUGUCACCAUAAGCAUAUUAUAGGAGAGAAAAACAACCACAGGGUCCAUUUUAAUUGCUGUUUUUAAUCAUUGUAAAGAAGAACAUUGAACUUUGAAAAAAAAUGUUGGAAACCAUAGACAAAAAUCGGGCCCUGCAGGCUGCAGAGCGCUUGCAAGCCAAGCUGCGAGAACGUGGAGAUGCAGCAAAUGAAGACAAACUGAACCUUCUGAAGUCAGUCCUGCAGAGCCCGCUCUUCAGUCAGAUUCUGAGCCUUCAGACUUCUGUACAGCAGCUGAGAGACCAGGUAAACAUGACAACUUCCACUUCUUCAAAUGUUGACUAUACCCACAUUCCACAGCUCAGCUCAGCUGUAAUUCCUAGUCUGCCAAAAGAAUCAUUUUUAUUAUCCCCAAGUAAUGGGAAUCUGGAAUCACUUAUGGGAUCAAGUCCUCCACACGUCAAUGGGAAGCUUGCUUGUGACGAAUUUGAUCAACUCAUCAAAAAUAUGGCCAAGGGUCGCCACGUAGAAGUUUUUGAACUCCUCAAACCUCUAAGCGGAGGCCUGGGGUUUAGUGUUGUGGGACUAAGGAGUGAAAACAGGGGAGAACUGGGAAUAUUUGUACAGGAGAUACAAGAGGGCAGUGUGGCUCACAGAGAUGGAAGACUAAAAGAAACUGAUCAAAUCCUUGCUAUCAAUGGGCAGGCACUUGAUCAGACAAUUACACAUCAGCAGGCUAUUAACAUCCUGCAGAAAGCCAAGGAUAAUGUCCAGCUGGUUAUUGCCAGAGGCUCAUUGCCUCAGGUCAUCAGCCCCAUAGUUUCCCGUUCUCCAUCUGCAGCCAGCACAGUUUCAGCUCACUCUAAUCCGGUUCACUGGCAGCAUGUAGAGACUAUUGAGUUGGUGAAUGAUGGAUCUGGUUUGGGAUUUGGCAUUGUAGGAGGUAAAGCAACUGGAGUGAUAGUAAAAACCAUUCUGCCUGGAGGAGUAGCUGAUCAGCAUGGGCGGUUAUGCAGUGGAGACCACAUUCUAAAGAUUGGUGACACAGAUCUGGCAGGAAUGAGUAGUGAGCAAGUAGCACAAGUCCUCAGGCAGUGUGGAAACACAGUUAAGUUGAUGAUCGCAAGAGGUGCCAUAGAAGAACCGACAGCAUCCACCUCUUUGGGCAUCACCCUCUCCUCAUCCCCAUCUUCUACAUCAGAGAUGCGGGUUGAUGCUUCUACUCAGAAAAAUGAGGAAAGUGAGACAUUUGAUGUGGAACUCACUAAAAACGUCCAAGGAUUAGGAAUUACCAUUGCUGGGUACAUUGGAGAUAAAAAAUUAGAACCCUCAGGAAUCUUUGUAAAGAGCAUUACAAAAAGCAGUGCUGUUGAACAUGAUGGAAGAAUCCAAAUUGGAGAUCAAAUUAUAGCAGUAGAUGGAACAAACCUUCAGGGUUUUACUAAUCAACAAGCAGUAGAGGUGUUGCGACAUACAGGACAAACUGUGCACCUGACUCUAAUGAGGAGAGGAAUGAAGCAGGAAGCCGAACUCACAUCCAUGGAAGACGUCACAAAAGAUGUGGUUGUAUCACCUCCUAGUGCUAGUAUAAGCAAAGAAAAUUAUGAAAAAGAUGAAGAUUCUUUAUCUUUGAGGAAAAACACCAACAUAUUACCCACUGAAGAAGAGGUUAAACACCUGGAACCAGAGUAUCCAUUACUGGCAUCUGAGACUGAAGAAAUAGAAGAUACGCAACAACAAGAGGCUGCCCUGCUAACAAAGUGGCAACGGAUUAUGGGAAUUAAUUAUGAAAUAGUGGUGGCCCAAGUGAGCAAGUUCAGUGAGAACAGUGGGCUGGGGAUAAGUCUGGAAGCAACAGUGGGACAUCAUUUUAUCCGAUCUGUUCUACCAGAAGGUCCUGUUGGCCACAGUGGGAAGCUAUUCAGUGGAGAUGAGCUACUGGAAGUUAAUGGUAUAACUUUGCUUGGAGAAAAUCACCAAGAUGUGGUGAAUAUUUUAAAAGAGCUGCCUAUAGAAGUGACAAUGGUGUGCUGUCGCCGAACCGUUCCGCCUGCUGCCCAGUCGGAAUUGGAUAGCCUGGACUUGGGUGAUAUCGAGCUAACAGAAAAGCCUCAUGUAGACCUAGGGGAGUUCACUGGAUCCUCGGAGACAGAGGAUCCUGUGCUGGCGAUGACCGAUGUGGCUCAGAAUACGGAGGAGGUUCACGGUCCGUUGGCCAUGUGGGAGGCUGAUGUUCAGCAGAUAGAAUUGGAGAAAGAGAGCAAAGGACUUGGCUUUAGCAUUUUAGAUUAUCAGGACCCGAUUGAUCCAGCAAGCACUGUGAUCGUCAUUCGUUCCUUGGUGCCUGGUGGCGUUGCUGAAAAGGAUGGGCGACUUCUUCCUGGAGAUCGACUCAUGUUUGUCAAUGAUGUGAACUUGGAGAACAGCAGUCUUGAAGAGGCUGUGCAAGCACUGAAAGGUGCACCAUCAGGAAUUGUGAGAAUAGGAGUUUCCAAGCCUUUACCUCUUUCACCAGAAGAAGGUUAUGUUUCCGCUAAGGAGGAUUCCUUUCUCUAUCUGCCACAUUCCCGUGAGGAGGAGGGGCUAGCAGACAAAGCCCUCUUCAGGGCUGACUUGGCUCUGGUGGACAUGAAUGAUGCUGACUUAACAGAGGAAUCUACAUUUGAAUCUCAGUACUCCCCUGAUAAUGACAGUAUCUACUCUACUCAAGCCUCUAUUUUAUCUCUUCAUAGCAGUGCUUGUAGCGAUGGCCUGAACUAUGGUCCUUCUCUUUCAUCAUCUCCUCCCAAGGAUGCUGUUGAAAAUUCUUUGGAUCCAGUAGUUGAUAUGCAUAUGUCUUUGGAGGAACUAUAUGCUCAGAAUCUGCAGCAAAGUCAGGAGGAGAAUCUGCCUCCAGUAGACUUGAGCUCAGGGCCUGUUUCUGGCUUUACUAUGAAUGAUUACACAUCCGCAGAUGCUAUAGAGCAACAAUACAAAUGUGAAAACACAACAGCAUGGAUUGAUUCUCAGCUACCACAUGAAGUUGUAUCAAGUACGGAACUUACUUCUCCUGCACUACGUGAUUCAACUGGAAAGGGCUCCGAGUACUUAAUUGAACAGAGCUCCCUGGCAUCUACUGCUGAGUGUAUAAUGCUCCAAACUAUAUCCAAAGAAUCUUUUGAGAGGACUAUUACUAUAGCAAAAGGCAAUUCUAGCCUAGGUAUGACAGUGAGUGCUAAUAAAGAUGGCUUGGGGAUGAUUGUUCGAAGCAUUAUUCACGGUGGUGCCAUCAGUCGAGAUGGCCGGAUUGCCGUUGGCGACUGCAUCUUGUCCAUUAAUGAAGAAUCCACUAUCAGUUUAACCAAUGCCCAGGCACGAGCCAUGUUAAGAAGACAUUCUCUCAUUGGGCCUGACAUAAAAAUUACUUAUGUGCCUGCAGAACAUUUGGAAGAGUUUAGAAUAAGCUUGGGACAAAAAACUGGAGGAAUAAUGGCACUGGAUCUUUUUUCUUCAUAUACUGGCAGAGACAUCCCAGAAUUACCAGAGCGAGAAGAAGGAGAGGGAGAAGAAAGUGAACUUCAGAAUGCAGCAUAUAGUAAUUGGAAUCAGCCGAGGCGGGUUGAACUUUGGAGAGAGCCAAGCAAAUCCUUGGGCAUCAGCAUUGUUGGUGGACGAGGAAUGGGGAGUCGUCUAAGCAACGGAGAAGUGAUGAGGGGCAUUUUCAUCAAACACGUUCUUGAAGAUAGUCCAGCUGGCAAAAAUGGAACCUUGAAAUCUGGAGAUAGAAUAGUAGAGGUGGAUGGAAUGGAUCUCAGAGAUGCAAGCCAUGAACAAGCUGUGGAAGCCAUUCGGAAAGCAGGCAACCCUGUAGUCUUUAUGGUACAGAGCAUUAUAAACAGACCAAGGAAAACCCCUUUGCCUUCCUUGCUGCACAACCUUUACCCUAAGUACACCUUCAGCAGCACUAACCCAUUUGCUGAUUCUCUACGGUUCAUCGCUGACAAGGAAUUACAGAACUCAAAUAGAGUUAUCCUCCGUUGUUCCCCAACUAACCCUUUUGCUCCUGCACCAUUUAAGGUAUCCAGUCAGUCAGAGUCAGAGCCAGAAAAGGUUCCAUUGUGCAACGUCCCUCAGCCCCCUCCUUCAACAUUUGCAGAAAUGGGCAGUGAUCUUGCACAGUCAUCAGCAAGCAGAAUCUCAGAAGAUGUGGACAAAGAGGAUGAGUUUGGUUACAGCUGGAAAAAUAUCAGAGAGCGUUAUGGAACCCUAACAGGCGAGCUCCAUAUGAUUGAAUUGGAGAAAGGUCGUAGUGGCUUGGGUCUAAGUCUUGCUGGUAACAAAGACCGAUCCAGGAUGAGUGUCUUUAUAGUGGGGAUUGAUCCAAAUGGUGCAGCUGGGAAAGACGGUAGAUUACAGAUUGCAGAUGAGCUUCUAGAGAUCAAUGGUCAAAUUUUAUAUGGAAGAAGUCACCAGAAUGCCUCAUCAAUCAUUAAAUGUGCCCCUUCCAAAGUAAAAAUAAUUUUUAUCAGAAAUAAAGAUGCAGUGACUCAGAUGGCCGUAUGUCCUGGAAAUACAGUAGAACCUUUGCCUUCCACCUCAGAGAAUCUGCAAAAGAAGGAGGCUGAAUCAAGUGUUAUUCCUUCUGAUGCACCUGUGGACCUUAGUUCAUUUAAAUAUGUGCAACAUCUGGAGCUUCCCAAGGAUCAAGGGGGUCUGGGCAUUGCAGUCAGUGAAGAAGACACCCUCAGCGGAGUCAUCAUAAAGAGCCUAACAGAGCAUGGGGUAGCAGCCAAGGAUGGACGACUCAAAGUUGGGGAUCAGAUCUUGGCUGUAGAUGAUGAAGUUGUUGUUGGCUAUCCUGUAGAAAAGUUCAUUAGCCUUUUGAAGACAGCAAAGACAACAGUGAAACUUACCAUUCAUGCCGAGAGUCCAGAUUCCCAAGCUGUUUCCUCAGCGGCUGGAACAGCUAGUGGAGAAACAAAGAACAGCUCCCAGUCUCCGAUGCUCCCAGCACCUGGCUCCCCGGAACCAGAGCCUAUCCGAAGUACAAGCAGGUCAUCAACACCAGCAAUCUUUACUUCUGAUCCUGCGACUUGCCCCAUUAUCCCUGGCUGUGAAACAACAAUUGAGAUUUCCAAAGGGCGAACAGGGCUAGGCUUGAGCAUCGUGGGGGGGUCUGACACACUGCUGGGUGCCAUUAUUAUCCAUGAAGUUUAUGAAGAAGGAGCAGCCUGUAAAGAUGGAAGACUCUGGGCUGGAGAUCAGAUUUUAGAGGUGAACGGAAUUGACUUGAGAAAGGCCACACACGAUGAAGCAAUUAAUGUCCUGAGACAGACGCCACAAAGAGUGCGCCUCACACUCUACAGGGACGAGGCCCCAUACAAAGAGGAGGACGUGUACGACAGCCUCACCAUUGAGCUGGAGAAGAGGCCAGGGAAAGGCCUGGGAUUGAGUAUUGUUGGUAAAAGAAAUGAUACUGGUGUCUUUGUGUCAGACAUUGUCAAAGGAGGAAUUGCAGAUGCUGACGGAAGGCUGAUGCAGGGAGACCAGAUAUUAGUGGUGAACGGAGAAGAUGUCCGUGAUGCCACCCAGGAAGCAGUUGCUGCAUUGCUAAAGUGUUCUCUAGGCACAGUAACCUUGGAAGUGGGAAGGAUCAAAGCUGGCCCGUUCCGUUCAGAGAGGAGGCCGUCUCAGAGCAGCCAGGUGAGUGAAGGCAGCCUGUCAUCUUUCACUUUUCCAAUUUCUGGAUCCAGUACAUCUGAGUCCUUGGAAAGUAGUUCAAAGAAGAAUGCAUUGCCAUCUGAAAUACAGGGAUUAAGAACAGUUGAAAUAAAAAAGGGACCUACUGACUCAUUGGGAAUCAGCAUUGCUGGAGGAGUGGGCAGCCCACUUGGUGAUGUUCCUGUAUUUAUUGCAAUGAUGCACCCAACUGGAGUUGCAGCUCAGACCCAGAAACUCAGAGUUGGGGAUAGGAUUGUCACUAUCUGUGGCACAUCUACUGAGGGGAUGACUCACACCCAAGCAGUUAACUUAUUGAAAAAUGCCUCUGGCUCCAUUGAAAUGCAGGUGGUUGCCGGAGGAGAAGUGAGUGUGGUCACGGGUCAUCAGCAGGAACCUGCCAAUUCCAGUCUUUCUUUCACAGGGCUGACAUCAAGCAGUAUAUUUCAGGAUGAUUUAGGACCUCCUCAGUGUAAGGCUAUUAUGCUAGACCGAGGACCAGAUGGCUUGGGCUUCAGUAUAGUAGGAGGAUAUGGCAGCCCUCACGGAGACUUACCCAUUUAUGUUAAAACAGUGUUUGCGAAGGGAGCAGCCUCUGAAGAUGGGCGUCUAAAGAGGGGCGAUCAGAUCAUUGCUGUAAAUGGGCAGAGUUUAGAAGGAGUAACCCAUGAAGAAGCCGUUGCCAUCCUUAAGCGGACAAAGGGCACUGUCACUUUGAUGGUUCUUUCCUGAACUGGCUGCCAGAACAGAGCCAACCCAAGCCCUCGAUUACAUACCACACUAGGCAGAGAAUGGAACUGUGCUGGUGGACUUUUCCCAUACUCUGUUCAUUAGGCUAUUCAAAACUGUAGGGGAAAAGAUUAACAUUUAAGUUUGUUUUUCUCAUAUGCAAAUAGUUUUCAUGCUGACAGCCUAGCACCAUUUUUUCCUUUCCCCUUCCAUUCUGUGAGCCUAAACUCAAAGAAAAGGAAUAUUUGCAUAAGAAAAUCCAAUCUUUCUUUCUGAAGAUAUCUGACAUUUUAUAGUCCACAUGGACAAAAAUUAUUAUGUGCUCAAAUAGCAGUAAAAGAAAAAUAAUUCUAAACCUAACCAUAGAGUAAAUUUUUCAGUAAUUUAGGGUGAAAAUGAAAAUAUAAAAUUAAGAAGAAAAUCUUAGAGAGUUUUUUUAAAUGCCUAAUUUUGCAAGUCUUGUUUCCCAACCCCAAACAGUAAAAGAAAAGGAAAAACAAACUUUCCAUUGAAAAGCUUAAAAAAUAUUCUCACUAUUUAAAAAAUGUGAAUGUUUUAAAAUAUUACAUCUUCCCAUCUCCAUAUAAUCUAUGUAUUUUCCUGCUAAAAUUGGUUUCUAAAACUGAAUUAAUAGCAAAUAUAUGAAUCAAUGUUCCUAAAUUUUGUAAAGAAAAUAUUUAAUGCUGAUGUGACUAUUCAUUUUCAUUUUUGUCCUGUUAUAAAAUAUUUUCCUGUUGCUAUAAGUGAAGCAAUGAUGUUACCCUGUGCUGACUGUAUUUCCUCUUGAAAGCAGCCAUGCUAAUCAUGGAGGAACAUGGAAGGAUCCUAGAAUAUUUCAGUGCUAAUUUUGACAAGUUACGCAGCACUAAAAAUGUGUUGUUGCACUAUGCAAUUGGUUUCCAAUUAGUAUUAAUCUUAAUGACAGAGAAAAAAAGCAAUGUGUUGGUAAUUAUUUUGGUUGUAUGCCAUUACUAAAUUGAUAGAAAAAUUAAGGGGAUUAACAUAACUUCAUUUCAUUGCCUUAUAUUAACAUUUUAUAAUACAAUAGUUGAAGACUAAAGGAAACAGAUGGAACUGUUUAUUGAGACAACUGGUGAGGAAUUAUCAUGUGUUCAUUCCCGUUUUAGAGCGUGAAACUCCUACAUUAGAAUAUAUAAAGACACUUUAAAUAUUAUCUAUAUUUGUAACAGAAGUAGUGUACAGAUAUUUUAUUACAGCAUUUUUGUGUAAAUGCGGAAUCAAAGUGAAUAAAUAAGUGAACAAAGUGGUGCACAAAUAAAGAAGCUGGCUUUUUUUUCUUUUUA